UUGUAAUCUGACCACAAGAACCUGUUUGCUGCUUCCUCUAACGCGCCUCACAUGUUCCCUCACAACAGUUCCUCCAUGGAACGACUAACACGAGUGCUCUGUGCAGCAGCAGAAAGGCCCUGAUCCAGAGACUCUAGACCUCCAGGACUUUGACCCCUGACCCCCUGACAUGCCUGAGAGAGGAGUCCCAUCAUGGAGCAGCAGGCCUGUAUUCUGAGGAGCUUCCUGUCGCAGCUGAAGAGCCAGGAGGCGGCGGACGGCAUCGCCGGGGAGUUCACUAAGUUGAAGUGCCAGUCGAUGAAGUACCGGUCCGACCGGACGUUCCCAACAAAGACGGCAGAGAAACAGGAGAACAGCAAGAAGAACCGCUACAAGGACAUCGUGCCCUUCGACUACACCAGAGUGAAGCUCACUCUCACCUCGAGUAAAAAUGACAACGAGUACAUCAACGCCAGUUUCAUCAAGGGGAUCUCGGGGUCUCGGGCUUACAUCGCCACGCAGGGUCCGCUGCCUCACACCGUGCUGGACUUCCUCAGGAUGCUCUGGGAAUACGACAUAAAGGUCGUGGUGAUGGCCUGUCGAGAAUUUGAGAUGGGAAAGAAGAAGUGUGAGCGUUACUGGCCUGAAGAACAGGAUCAGCAGUUUGUCUGCGAGCCGUUCACAGUUUACUGCGACUCUGAGGACAUAAAAGGAGAUUAUCUGACCAGGAUGUUACGGGUGACUUAUGGCAACUGUAGUCGCACCGUGCAGCAGCUGCAGUACUUCAACUGGCCGGAUCACGGCGUGCCGGACUCCGUCCCCCCGAUCCUGGACAUGCUGCAGGAGAUGAGGUCGUACCAGGAGCACGACGACGUGCCCUUCUGCAUCCACUGCAGUGCCGGCUGUGGGAGGACGGGCGUUCUGUGUGUCAUCGAUUACACCUGGAGCCUCCUGAAGAAACAGAUGAUCCCUGCAGAUUUCAAUAUCUUCGACAUCGUGCAGAGCAUGAGGACUCAGAGGCCGUCCGUGGUUCAAACUAAGGAACAAUACGAGCUGGUGUACAGGACGAUCCGGCUGCUGUUUGAGAGGUUCCUGCAGGAGGAGCAGAGCGUCAGAGAAAUAGCGAGGGUCUCUCCCUCUGCUCCCCCCAACACAGAGAGCUCCCUCUCAGACCUCAGUGAUGAAGAGGAGCAGCUUCAUCAGUGCCAGCUGCUGCAGCAGGAGGAAGAGCACUCUCACUCCCUGCCCACUCCAGCAGGAAACUACAUUACCCAGAAGGCCACGGUGCUGCAGGAGGGGGUCCGUCUGAUGGUGGAGGAUCCGUACUUCGACACCCCGAUGAGUUCCCCGUCCUCAGAGGACUCGAAGUGGACCGCCAGCCCCUUGUUUAGCCCCCCCGCCCUGCACCUGAACGACCAGGAGCUGAACUCACCUGUCGCAGUGACUCCUGGUCCUGGCAGAGAUGAUGAAGAGGACGCUCCUCCUCUUCCUCAACGAACCCCUGAGUCCUUUGAGAUGGCUGCAGGUCCAGGUCGCUCUCCGGCAGAGAGACAGGAGCUGAUGAGCGUUCAGACGUUCCAACACAACCAGGAGCCCGCCCCCUCCUCUGAUUGGCUGAUGGUCAUCAUCCCUCCAAACGCUGCUGCUGGAGGCUCUCAGGGAGUUAGGAGGUAACCCCCCCUCACCUGUGCCCCCUCUCCCAGAGAGAACACCCUGAGUCCUUCGAGCUGGCCCUCGAUGAAGCCUUGGUGCAGCAGAGGUCAGAGGUCGGAGGUCAGAGGUCAGAGGUCACGGCGACCCGGAGCCGGAUCGGCACGUCUUCAGAGUGGAGCUCCUCUUCCUCCUCCUCUUCAUCACCUCACACCGAGAGCAGAGCCUGGAUCAGGAGCAAGAGUAUGAAAGCCAAGGUGA